AUGUCGACAAACACGUUUGAGCUCGGCGACGACGAUGACUCGCCGCUCCCGGUAUGGGGGCCAGGCAAAACCGCUAUUGGGAGAGCGCGGCUGCCAUCCAGUCGCCGAAGGGACAGAGUCCAGCUAUCCUGCGAUCUCUGCCGCAGGAGAAAGCUGCACUGUGACCGGCAGCAACCGUGCGCAACUUGCACGCAGAGAGGACUCGGCUUGUCCUGCACUUAUAGGCGCAGCCCCCAAGCGCUGGAGGAUGGCACCACGCAGCCUGUUCGCCCCGUGACUACCGUGCAGGACCGCAUCAAGCAGCUCGAGGAGUUGGUGGUCGACCUUAUGCAAAAGACGUCAGCGGCGAAUGUGCCGAACCCGUCUUCCAGCGCCAAUACGCCACUGGCCGCCGUGUUGGAUAGCAUCGCGGAGCUCAAAGAUUACUUUGACAGGGACGAUGAGGCGCGUCCGCAUCCCCUCGGAACUGCGCAGCCACCGCAGGUAAACCUCAGCGGGCCGCAACUUAUACACGGUUUUACAAAGGUCACUACCAGAGACGAGAUAUUGGCAUCGAUACCUCCUCGCCAUAUUGUGGACAGGCUGGUCUCGCGGUAUUUUAAUUCGUUUGAAAUGUCGCCAGACAUGGUGAGCAAUUUCAGGCUCCGCAUCGUGCAAUGUCUUAUCCUCGGAGACUACACUAAAGGGGGCGUGUAUGUGUUAGAGACCCUCUUGCUAUACAUGGCCGUCGAACUAUUUCUUCGAAGAGACGCCGAGAUUGGCAUAUGGAUCCUUCUCGGCAUCAUUGUCCAGCUGUCCAUGCACAUGGGCUACCACCGGGACCCGAAGAACUUUCGCGGCAUCUCUCCCUUUGACGGCGAGAUGCGCAAGCGAGCCUGGGCCACAAUAUUGGAGGUGCAACUGGGCAUCUCGAUGCAAAUGGGCCUUCCGCGGCUGAUUACGCAGUGGCAGACCAACACCACGGAGCCGUCCAACUUGCAGGGCAACGACUUCAAGGACACAGUCAGCAUGCCUGCGUCGCGACCAGAAACAGAUCUUACGCCCAUGGUCUUUCGCAUCGUCAAAGCGAGUAUGAUGACAGUCAUUGGCUACAUUUGGGACUUUGCCGCCGACACGAGAGUAUGCAGUCGUGAAGAAACGGAACGCAUGGAAAAGAGCCUCCGAGACGCGCGCGCCUCGGUUCCCGAGUGUCUCCAGUGGCGGUCCAUGGCAGACUGCAUCAUGGACUCGCCGCACGUCAUCAUGCAAAAGAUUUGCCUCGAAAUCAUGUUUUACCGCGCCGAGCUCGUCCUUCACCGCAAAUACCUGCACCUUUCGCAGUCCAACGUCGACUACAACCAAUCCCAGACAGCAUGCCUCAACGCGGCGCUAAAGCUGCUCGCGUACCAGCAAAUGCUCGAGGAAGAGACGCAGCCGUUCUGCCAAUUGCACCACGAGCGGUGGAAGGUGUCUUCGCUUGUCAAUCACGAUUUCCUGCUAGCGACCAGUGUUAUCUGUCUCUAUCUGAAGCAGUCGGCGGGCGAUGCCAAUACGCAAGUAGAGUUCCCGACUGUGCACGACAUUCGCACGGCGCUGAACCAGGCAUAUGGCAUUUGGCUGCAGUCAAGUGAUACUUCGCGAGAGGCGUGGAAGGCUGCGAAAGCUCUGAGCAUUGUCUUGUUGCAGCCAGGAUCAGGCAAUGUGCGCCACGACGAGCAGCCGCUCUCCUCUUUAGAUGUAUGGGGCGAUUAUUUUGAACAAUUUGUUCGUCAGUCCCCUCCAAUAGACGGCUCUGUUCUGAUGGACUGGCCCUUUGCGAACAACGACGCCAUGUACACUGCUAGCAUCCAGGAUACGCCACAAAAUCUCGGCUGGCCAAUGAAGGGUAGCCAGAUUGUCUUCCCUGCGACUGGAUACAUUUCCAUGGCCGUCGAAGCUGUUGCUGUUCUUGCUAGAGAAGCAAAGAUUUCCUUGGUAUUCAUUGACAACCUGCAAAUCGGCCGAGCUAUGGCAUUCAAGAAUGACGACGCGAGCAUGGAGAUGACGUUUGAAUUGAACAUUAAGGCGCAGAGUGAUGAUCAUAUUGAAGCAUACUUCUCAUGCAGCUCGGGUUCUCCACACGACCACAAGACUGUCUUGGCUUUGAACGCCAGCGGUGUGAUUCGAGCGACGCUUGGUGACGACGUCACCAUUGAUCGAUUUUACACGUUCUUGAGCUCGCUUGGCUACUACUCCUGGCCAUUCCGUGGCACUGCUAAAAUUCAGCGCAAGGCUGGCUAUGCUACCGGCAUCGUGGAAGAUGCUUCAGCAUUAGAACAGAAAGAUGAGCUCAAUGUUCACCCAAGCAUGCUUUAUUCUGCUCUGCAAACCACCUUUGCCACUUUUCUAUACCCUGGAGAUGAGAGGAUGUGGGCGCUGCACGUGCCGACCAACUUUAGUUCCAUUGUCAUCAAUCCCUAUUACACGCCGCUAGGUACUGGCAAGCAAAAGUAG